GAAAAAAACAAAAAAAAAAAAAGCUCUUGCACAAAACAGCACGCGCCGGUCUCUCUCCUGUGAACUCAGCACUCUCCAGCUGCCGAUUUCUUCAGAUAAGAAUACAGACACCAUUUUUUGAGCUCUUAGUUGCUAAAGGGAAAUGGAGGGUGGUCUGAGAGGUGACGGAACAGAAGAGCUUAAGGGUCUUCGAAUCACCUCACUGGAUGAUGAGAGUGAUGAAGAAGAACUACAACAGAAAGAAGAAAUUGUUGUAGAUGAUGAGGAGGAGGAAGAGGAAGAAGAUGAAGAAGCAAGAGAUUCUGUGGUUUUAGGUUUUGUGAAAAGGCCCAAGAAAGCCAGCUCUCUUCUACGCCAUUUCUUCCCUUCAAAGGCUGGAGGAGUUCCUGCUUGGUUGGAUCCAGAAAAUUUGCCAUCCGGAAGAUCUUGUCUUUGUGACCUAUGCGGUGAACCUUUGCAAUUUAUGCUUCAGGUGUAUGCACCAGAGGAGAAGCCAUCCACAUUUCAUCGAACAUUGUUUGUUUUUAUGUGUACGUCAAUGGCGUGUCUUCGUCGAGAUCAACAUGAGCAAUGGAAAUGCCAUCGGGAAAACCCUUCUAGAAGUGUGAAGGUUUUCCGCUGCCAAUUACCUCGUGAUAAUCCUUUCUACCCAAGUGAGCCCCCAAAGAAGGGUACUGAGCCUCCAUUGGCUAGAGCUGCACUCUGCAAUUGGUGUGGUACCUGGAAAGGGAUUAAACGCUGUACUGGUUGCAGACAAACACUUUAUUGCUCAGAGAAACAUUGGGUCAAGCAUUCCCGCUCCGGUCAUGAAUCUGACUGUCAGCGUAUGAGGAUAAGUUCUCAGUUGGUUGAAGGUAGCUCUGCUACCGCUGAAAACGCUUCUUCUGUAGUCCAGAAAGUUGCAAGCAAAGCUUUAUGGCCUGAAUACAAGAUCAUACAGGAGUUUGAAAGUGCUUAUGACACACAGAUGCCUGAUGAUAAUGUGAAUGCUAACUCCAUGGUCUCUAGGAACCAGAUGGACGAUGGAUUGAUGUCGAUAGCAGACAAUUUCGCGGGUGAUGGUGACAAAAAGAGCUGGGCCUCAUUUCAAGAGCGAAUAGACCUGGCCCCUGAACAAGUAUUAAGGUAUUGUAGGAGUUCUGGUGCUAAACCCCUAUGGCCCCUGACUAGCGGCCGACCAUCAAAGGCUGACAUUCCUAAAUGCCAUUAUUGUGAUGGUCCAUUGUGUUUUGAAUUUCAGAUUUUGCCUCAGUUGCUAUAUUACUUUCAUGUGAAGAAUGAUGCAGACUCUCUUGAUUGGGCUACAAUUGUUGUGUAUACAUGUGAAGCCUCUUGUGAUGCCAGUGUGGCGUACAAAGAAGAAUUUGCUUGGGUCCAAAUUUCUUAGCUCUCUACCCAGAUGCUUUGGUACCCAGAGAUGAGAUAUAGAUAUUAACUUUUUGCUACUGUUUGUUUUUUUUUUUUUUAUCCUUGAAUGACGAAUGUCAUACCCUUUGUUUUGAUCCCAGUGAUAAGAUGUUGAUGGAUAUUGAUAGUGCUUAUAAAGAAGAAUUUGCUUGGGUCCAAUUAUCGUACCCAUCAGCUCUCUUUCCA